AUGGAUCGGAGGAGGGCCGGAAGUCCGGUGUACGGGCGGCAGUGGAGUGGAGGAUCGAGCAGCACUGGUUCUUCCUCUCCGGUGAUGUCGCCGGCGCAUCCGAGCUCCAGGCUGGGAGCUGGCAUGUCAACCAUAAAGCGCACACAGAACGUAGCCGCCAAGGCAGCUGCUCAGCGGCUAGCUCAAGUCAUGGCAUCGCAGACUGCCGAUGAUGAGGAGGAUGAAGACGAUCUAGGGUUUCGGUUCAGUAAUCAGGCAGCUGCUCCGCCGUCUAGCUUCGGUAACAGUUUCAAUCAGAACGGAAAGAGUAGUGCUACUCCAGCCAUUUCUUUUACUAGAGGGAACAGAUCUCCAUCCCCUGCGUUAGGUCGAAACUUUGUAGAGCAAGUUAGUCAGCCUCGAUCCUCAUCAACAGGGCGAUCCACGAUUUCUGUUCGAACUUCAUUGAUGCCGUCUAGUAAAUCAACUUUAAGGACUCCCGUAGCUAUACCUGCCAUUGAGCCUCCAGCCAUCAAGACCCGAGAUAAAAGGUUUAAUGCUGAUGUAGGGCAGCUUAAGAAAGAUACCGGGGAUCAGCGUGAAGCAUCUGCACUUCGUGAUGAACUUGAUAUGCUACAAGAAGAGAAUGAGGGCAUACUUGACAAGCUGCGGCGUGCUGAAGAAAGACGCGAGGAAGCAGAGGCUCGUGCAAGGGAACUUGAGAAACAGGUAGCUUCCCUUGGAGAAGGUGUUUCCCUUGAAGCUAAACUCUUAAGCAGGAAAGAAGCAGCGUUGCGUCAAAGAGAGGCCGCUUUAAAGGCAGCAAAGCAGACCAAAGAUGGCAGAGAUGAGGAGAUUGCUUCUCUUCGCUCAGAGCUUGAGAAUAUAAAGGAUGAGACAGUAACAGCUGUGGAGCAGCUACGGGAAGCAGAAUCUGAAGCUAAAGCACUACGCACGAUGACACAAAGAAUGAUUUUGACUCAAGAAGAGAUGGAGGAAGUAGUUUUGAAGAGAUGCUGGCUUGCUCGAUACUGGAGUCUAGCCGUGCAACAUGGAAUUUGUGCAGAUAUAGCAGUGCCAAAGCAUGAACAUUGGUCUGCUUUUGCUCCCCUUCCAUUUGAGGUUGUCAUUUCUGCUGGGCAGAAGGCCAAGGAAGAAGUUCGGGACAAAGUUGGCAAUAAUUCGGACAGGAGUAAGUCUGCUCGUGAUUUGAGCGAUUUAACAGGAGAAGGAAAUAUUGAGAGUAUGCUUUCAGUUGAAAUGGGAUUGAGGGAAUUGGCUUCUUUGAAGGUUGAGGAUGCUGUUGUGCUUGCGUUGGGCCAGCACAGACGAGCAAAUUUGAGAACUCUUGGUGAUCCCAAGUAUUCUGAAGCCGUUGGAUUGAGUGAAGCGGAGGCAGAAGAUGUUCUUUUCAAAGAGGCAUGGCUAACAUAUUUCUGGAGAAGAGCCAAAGCGCAUGGUGUGGAAGAGGAUAUAGCAGAAGAACGUCUUCAAGUCUGGAUCAGUCGUAGCGGGAAGACGCCCACUUCGCAUGAUGCUGUCGAUGUUGAGCGAGGAUUGGUUGAGCUAAGGAAGUUGAGCAUAGAGCAACAACUUUGGGAAGCAUCACGAAAAGAAAUCGACCAGCCCUCACUUGCCAAUCAUAAAUCUACGACAGAUUCGGACAACUCGUCGUAG